UUAUGGGAAGAAUCCCCUGCUUCUCCACAGCCCGGCUAGAUUGAGAGAAAGAAAGAGAUAGAGGUGCUACAACUGAACCACAGCAGUUUAGUUUGUUUUAGUUCACAAAGAAAAAGACAGAGGACUGAAGCGAGAAAGAGAGACAGAGAUUGGUAUUUAUUCUGUCUUUCUCACCACAGAAAACUGGCUUACUGUUACAGCAGCAGGAGGAACGUAGCAUAAACCAACAGAAUGUCUAAACAGCCAUCGACCAAUGUUAAAGCCCUUCAGGCUAACCUCAAUAUUCCAAUGGGGGCUCUGCGUCCUGGGGCAGGACAUCCUGUGAAGAGGAGAGAAGAUACAGUAGAAACAGAAGAGGCAACCCCACAUUCUCCAGAGGAAAAAAAGCCCCUGCCUGGUGCUGUGAAACUACCAGGGCUUCCUGCUGUCAACCUCUCAGAGAUCCAGAACGCAAAGAGUGAACUUAAAUGGGUCACCAAAGACUAAACAACGCAGGUGUCUCCGCCCCAAUCCAGCUCCUUUGCAAUCCAUUGGUAACACUCUCCAUCCAAUCAGACUCAAGUAUUUAACACAAUCUCCCUCACCAUCGAUCGCAAUGUCUCAACAAGCCUUGACAUUGACAAGCCUUAAUGAUGACACAACCAACCACUGAUCUUCAAUGAGAGAGGGGCGGAUUCAAUCAAAUCAAAGACUGAUGGGAAAUGAGCAGUUGGAAGUGCUGGCUUAAGCUCAGAGUUUGGUCUCUGUCUGCAAUAGCUCAUCUCUGUUUAAACCUUUCUGUUUCAUAUUUUGUUAUUUUGCAUUUUAAAUGUACUGUUUGUGUGAGUUUGCUUUGUGGUAGUUGUGUAUUCUAAGUCUAUCACGUGUAUAUUGCCUUUUAUUUUCAAUCACAGACACUGAUAAGAUAGCAUGCAAUACAACGGCACGAUUAAUCAAUUUGUUCAUGCUCCAUAACACAAUUUAGAAAGUGUCUUUACACAUUGGAGAUAAAGCACUCUUAAAGAUAAAGGUGCUACAUGAUGCCAUAGAAGAACCAUUUAUGGCUUCUUAAAGGAAGUUUUUAAGAACCAUAAAUGGUUUUUCUAAUAACCUUUGACCGAAUGGUUCCUUGGGGAACCAAAAUGGUUCUUCUAUGGCAUAGCUGUGAAGAAUCUUUUAAGCACCUUUAUUUUUAAGAGUGACCCCACAGAAGUUUAUACUGUAUACUGUCAUUAUUUAAAGGUGCAUUGUGUAAAUUUUAGGAUCUAUUGACAGAAAUGCAAUAUAAUAUACAUAAUAAGUUUUCAGUGUUGUAUAAAGAUCAACUAUUAUGUUUAUCACCUUUGAAUGAGCCAUUUGUAUCUAGAUACAAUGCAGGUCACCUUUCAUGGAAGUCACCAUUUUGUGCACCAUGUUUCAACGGUAGCCCUAAAUUAAAAAAUUGACACGUUUCGUCACUAUGUUGUCUCAGAUAUACAUCAAUAUUUUACUAUGUUCUUACAUAAACUUAGACAAAUUAAUACAUAUCUAUCUAUCUAUCUAUCUAUCUAUCUAUCUAUCUAUCUAUCUAUCUAUCUAUCUAUCUAUCUAUCUAUCUAUCUAUCUAUCUAUCUAUCUAUCUAUCUAUCUAUCUAUCUAUCUAUCCGAGGUCGUAGUGCUGCAAACUAAGUGCGCUUCCGCCAUACAAUCUAGUUCUCACUUUUAUCCGCUUAAAAAUCUCCAUGAUUUAUUUUGUGCCACCAUACUUACUCGUGUAACUACUCAUGUAACAGUCUUUAAUUAGAGAAAACAUGGAAGUGUUUGGUGGCUUCUAAAUUCAUCCCUGUUUGGAUCCUAAGGAAUGAAUGGGGCUAGGCUAAAUGCUAACACAUUCACGACGCGCUGUACAAAGAUUAAGUGCAUGCAUUGAAAAAAGAUAAGUAUGUAUUAACUUGUCUAAGUUGAGGUAAAACAUAGUAAAAUAUUGAAAAAUGGUGGUGUUUUCCUUUAAUCAUGAAAGAUUUGUCUUUUUCACACAAAAAAAUCCACAUUCAUUUAAAAAAAAUUCUUGAAAUAAACCCCAUUCUGUAGCCUUGUCUUUGCACCAUGCACAUAUUUAUCUUUGGCUUUGUUCGUGUGUUGCAGUACAUGAGUAGGCUGUUGCAUAAUAAAACAUAAUUUCGCGUUCUCUCCAGGAGCAAGCCUGUAGGAGGAUAAAGCCAGCACUUGUUAUCCUUGAACAAACAGAACUGGAUUUCAAAUGCCGCACUAUCAGUUUGUUAUGUACAUAAACCAGUAGCUGUUUAACAGUGUAAAGCUCCUCUCUUCAUCCUAUGUAAACCAUGUCUCUGUACUACGCUGUGGUCUAUUUUACUACAGUAGCAACCGCAGAUGUCCUGUACUUUGAGUGAAAGUGUCAUUAUUAAAAAAAACAUGUGUUCUUCUUUAAACAA